UGUUCUUUCUACACGAAACAAGCAUAUAACAGUUACACGCUCUAAAAUAAUGAAAUAGAAUCACGUUAUUUUUUAAUUUUUUAGUUCUUUUUAAAAUUUCACUGGGAAUUCUUGAAUUAAUUUCCAAUCCAAGUUUCGAUCAACAGAUUCUCUCAGCUCGUGAUGGUGUGGGAUUCUAAUGUAAUGAGUAACAAGUAGUGUUAUAUAGGCUGCAGACAGAAGGGAAAGGAAUGGGUGGUUGUUGCUGCUGUUGCUCUUCUGGAGGAGUUGAAAUGAGUAGUGCACCAGCAUAUUAUUAUUACCCACAAGCCUCAGAUGAGCAUGUUCCUUUAUCAUAUCACAAUGUUGCUGCCUCUGCCCUCUCAACCGGGCUCCUGGUUAACACAAAUCUGGAGGUAUCUGUUCCUGAUGCUUAUAGACCUCCGCCUGCUCCAAUGCCAUUUGAUGCAGUUGUAGAACCUCCUCAGACUUCUUCAGUGAUCCAAGGAAUUCAUAACAGUAAGAGCAAUGAAACAUUGCAAACGACAAAUGUAAAUUGCAGUCAAGGAACAGUUGCUGUAAAUACUCAAGAGACUUCUAUAAAAUCCGAGAACACAAAGGAAGACUGCAAAGCACAAUCCAAUACAGAUAUUGAAUCCUUAAAGGGGCUAGAAGUUGAUAUUUCAAAACCAGUUAAAUCAAUUGUGUCCACAAAGGAGGAGGAGGAGGAUGUUUGUCCCACCUGUUUGGAAGAGUAUGAUGCAGAAAAUCCAAAAAUUAUCUCAAAAUGCGAGCAUCAUUUUCACCUUGCAUGUAUUCUUGAAUGGAUGGAAAGAAGUGACACAUGUCCUGUCUGUGAUAAGGAAAUGAUAUUCGACCUACUCACCGAUUAGUUUCCUUCUGCUUGAUGGACUCAGCUUUAGCUGCUUGAAGUUUGUUGUAAAGGUUACAACUUGCUAAACGCAUCAGAAUUUCAGUUUUUACUUUUUCCGUGUUUCAUCAUGUAUUUAGUGGCACUGCUGCAGAUUUGGCAAUAUUUUAGCUUCAAAUUCCUUUUUCUUCAUUUCCUUCUUAACAAAUGAAAAGAAAAGGAGAAAGAAAUGCAGAAAAAGUAAACAAAAACAGGUUUGGUACCAUUUUAAAAGUUAAUAUUCAUGGCCUAUGUGUUACCCUAAAUGUUUAGUUCAGGAUGUCAUUAGUUUCUACUCUCUGCCUUCACCAAUGAGUGAGUACCUGAAGAUGUAUAAAAUAGGGAACACAAUACUAUCAUGCUGGUUUGUAAUGCCUUCUUUGUCCAGAAAAUCCUGCUUAGUUGCCCAAAGCAGCACAUUAUCUC